GUUGGCGUAAAUCUAAAAUACUAAGUUCACACUGAUGUGACAUUUUGUAGUAUUUUGAUUUUUAAAAUGGGUUGUUAAAAGCCUAGCAGUAUAUAACAGCAAUUGAAUUUAUCUUACAUACCCCUAAUGAUUGAUCAAAACGAGUCAUCAUGGCGCAAAAGUGGCGAGUGGAAAUCGCGAUACUCCCAACUGUACUCCUGCCGCCUCUCACUCCCGAAAGAGGAAGAGCCCCGUUACAUCUCGUUCAUGGAGAACGACAGCACGCCCUACAACGACCUGCUGAUGAAGCUCCGCAGCAGCCGCCUGAGUGAAACCCCCUCAAUCGAGCCUGAGCAGUCCUCGGUCAGCUCCAGCAUCGGCAUCAGAACCAUUCUGUCGCGGCAGAGCGACAUGUUCCCUAGCUGCACUCAUACUAUAACGAGUAGUCUGGGGCGACACGACACGCUGCUGCUGGACAUGGUGCGCGAGCGCAACCGCGAGCUGCAGGAGGCGCAGGACCAGCCGCUCGACCUGCCCGCCGACGACGCCUCCGAAGACUUGUCCAUCGAGCCCUGUAUGCACGGGAUGAGCCACCGCAUCACGGAUCGCAGCGUGUCGCGUUCACGGUUCUCUCGCAUCUCGACGAAACGUGAUAUGGACAUACCCUCAAUACUGGCCUUUAACAUCGCUGACACCCCACCGACAAACUUACCACUGGGAAUACCAGCGUUCCAACAAAAAGAAUCGUCGACAAAAUGUAACGAGCUUCCUAGAUGGUCCAUACGCCGCUCUGUGUGCCCAGUCUGCUCGCAAAAAUGGAGGGACCGAAGCUUUAUAAACAAGAUUAAAAACUCGGGCCUGAAACGAAACGCUUUACAAGACAUUCCUUCUGUAAUUGCACCCGCACGCUUAAGAUCGGCAGCGAGGGACAACAGCCUCCGGCCAGUCCCCAUAGUGGAAGAGAGCCCCGUGUCCCCCGGCCUGCGCAGCCGCAGCGCCAGCUGGCAGUUGAUCCGCGCGCGGCGCAUACGCAUGCCUAAGCCCCAACUGCCGUCGUCGGAGGCGCCGCCGUGCGGCACGGCACCAAACGAACAGAAAGACUUGAAUAUGCGUGUCAACAACUUUUUAUCAACCUAGAUGUAUUUAAUUGCCACAAAUUAAAAUUAUAACAAUUAACAUUAAAUUAAGUAGCUGAUAAAUCGAUAAAGU